UGGGUAUUGGGACGAGAACGGUCGGUUUAACAAUCUGACUUUGAUAAGUCGUAAACGGAUGCAAGUUUGGGUUGAUUACGAUGAUCGUACUAAUCAAAUCGAUGUAACCAUGGCUCCGUUUGGUGAAGUUAAACCUAGAAAACCGCUUGUUUCUGUUGUUAGAGAUCUAUCUUCGGUUUUCUUGCAAGAUAUGUACUUAGGUUUCUCUUCUGCGACUGGUUAUGUUUUGUCGGAACAUUUUGUUUUUGGGUGGAGUUUCAUGGUGAAAGGGAAGACAGCUCCGCCGUUGACUUUAUCAAAAAUUCCGAAAUUUCCGAGGGUCGGGCCAACGAGAUUACAGAGGUUUUAUAAGAACCGGAUGCCGUUAUUUUCCCUCUUGUUGAUUCCUCUCUUGUUUGUUGUCUUGCUUAUCUUCCUCGUGCGCUUUAUCGUGAGGAGGAGGAGAAAGUUUGCGGAGGAGCUUGAAGAUUGGGAAACAGAGUUUGGGAAGAACCGGUUAAGGUUUAAGGACUUGUACUAUGCCACUAAAGGGUUCAAGGAUAAGGACCUUCUUGGAUCAGAGGUGUUAGCUUCUUCUUCAUUCAAAAAGUCAGCGAUAUCAUUACGGAUGCAGAGUCUAUGUGCUCCUUCUCUACACUUUCCGGCCACCGCACUCCGUCGUUGUCGGAUUCCGACGUCCGCCGUUCGUUCCUUACGAGCAGAGCUUAGAGAAGAGAAUGACCAUUUGAUUCAAUCAGCUUUAGAUUCAGCAUCUCUUCAGCCUCUCUUCAUCGACCCAUAUGCCGCUUGUUUCUUACCUCCUUACACAAAGAAGGAAUUAGACAUCCAUGAACAACAACAACAUUACUGUCUUGCAACAAAGUUCAUCGAUGACAAGUUAUUAGAUAUAGCUAAACGCAUUGAUGGACUUAAGCAGGUUGUCUUGUUCACAGAUGGCAUGGAUACUCGACCUUAUAGGCUUAAUUGGCCAACUUCCACUAUGAUUUUUGAUGUAUCACCUGAAAAGGUUUUUGAAAUAGCAUCUGAAAAGCUUCAAGGUGUGGGAGCUAGGAUCCCUAAAAGUUGCUUAUUCUUUCACAUUCCCGUGGAAUCCGGGAACAUAGAGCAACGUUUACGCUCAAAAGGGUUUAGUGGGAAUCGACCAAGUAUAUGGGCAAUGCAGGGUUUACCUUACGAGUCACAAUCAGGUUUUGAAGCUAUUCUAUCAGCCAUUAGUAGUUUGGCCAUGAAUGAAUGCUAUCUCAUAGGAGAAUUGCCUGCAAAUAUAACACUCCAGUCAGAUUUGUCAAAGUGGAUGGAGAAACUGUUCAUGAGCAAUGGUUUUCGGGUGAAAGUAGUUAGCUAUGAAGAGAUUGCUGCGAGUUUAGGAGUUGCAUUACCUUCACCAGUAAACCAUGACACGGUUCUGUUUAUCGCACAACAGCUCAAGUUUUCAGAUGAUCAGAUGGAGAAAUGGAGACAAGAAUUUCAAAGAGUGGAAGAAGAUGGAGAUGAACAAGGAUUUGAAGAGCUCUGAAUGAAACAAACAAAAAGUCUCUUUUAUA